AUGUUUGGCGACGAGGACGACCGCCGCCGCUUUCUGGAGGAGCUCCCCCUGAGGGCUGCGGCUCGGCCGCGGCGGGCUGGGCCCAGCCCCAAGCCAAAGGCGGCGGCAUGGCAUCAUAGCCUUGAGGAGCAUGACGUCCAGAAGAUCAUUCAGGAUCUGCCUGCCGAUGCUGCAGCCCGGCGGAGACGAGCUCCUGCACGGCCGGAGGCGAAUCCUCGAGAGGAGUUCCAGGCCAAGCUUGCAGCCUUCCGUCGCCAGCUGUCGUCCCUGAGAAGACGGGAGUCACCAGUGGAACGGCGACGCGAACGCCUGGCCUUGAUGAUGGAGGAGGCGGCAGGUAUGCUGUAUGACGUUCGGCAGGGCCGCCUGGCUGAACCUGCGCAGGCUUGGAUGCUUUCGGAUCACAGCCCAGACGCAGCUGCCAUAGGUUCGACACCGGCGAGGAUGUCCAGCCUGGCGGCUCUCGGCCCCAAGCGCGGGAGCAUGGUUGCCUCGGAGGGGGCCCGAUCCUCCAUGACGCUCCCGGCGGGUGGGGCCUUGCUCUUUUGGACGACCUGCCUCUCGGAGGGGCUUCGCCGUGCCUGGAAAGCGCGACCCCCUGGUGGUGGCGAUGCGUCGGCUGGUGGCCUGUCCGAGCUCGCAUUUCAGGAGAUCUUCUCAACCCAGCUGGCGCACGUGAAUCCACCGGAGGUCGGCCGACACCGCACCGUGUCCUUCGUGGCCUACUACCCUGAGGUCUUUCGCGACCUCCGGUCCCACGGUUGGGGCGUCACGGACGACGAGUUUCUGCACUCGAUCUGUGCCGGACCCCUUUCAAGGGGCCAGCAGGAGGGCGAGGAGGCCGAGAGGCUGGUGUUCACCAGUUGGGAUAAGAAGUAUCUGGCGAAAACGGUCAUGCCCUCGGAGGUUCAUUUCUUUGCGGACCACCUGCUCGCAUACCAUGGACACAUGCGAGGCUCUCCGUCGUCCUUGCUGCCGCGGUUCUGCGGCCUGUACAGCCUUCAGUUCCCGAAGGAGCCCGCGCCCGCGUACCUGGUCGUGCUUCAGAACCUCUUCGCUCCCGGUGUACGCAUGAAGGAGAGCUACGAAGUUAAGGGCUUGCUGGCCUCGCACCGCUACGUGUCGAAGGAGGAGCGUGAGAAGGGCGCAAAAGUUCUCAAGGACCGGCCCUGCUCCAGCGGAGCCGGCUUCGCCUGGGCCCGGUGGGCCUUUGUUCCACCGACAGCUGCAGCAGGAUGUAUCCUUUGGAGGCACGUGGGCGAGUGA